AAUAAUUUAAACAUUCAAAGUUAUUGUUGAUUCGCUUCUUCUCCAAAAAUCUCUCCAUUGUAUCUGUCAACGGUUCAACCCUAUUGUAUCUACGUGAGUAAUAUUUUCAGUGGCAGUGAUGAAUAGGUCGAUGGCAAUCUUGCUAACUCUAAUCCAACUUGUUUCUCUGCUUCCAUCUUCACUCGCGUUCGCAUCGGGGAGCACUGAUGGUUAUACAAUUAAUGGUCGAGUUAAAAUUCCUGGAUUUAGCUUAAAAGGAUCUGGUUUGGCAGCUAAAGCAUCAAAUGUUAAAGUCAUUCUCAAUAGUGGUCAACAAGUUACUUUCCUGAGACCUGACGGAUAUUUCUCUUUCCACAAUGUGCCUGCAGGGACGCAUCUCAUAGAAGUAUCUGCAAUUGGCUACUUCUUUUCUCCAGUUCGAGUUGAUGUCAGUGCCAGAAAUCCUGGUAAGGUUCAAGCUGCAUUAACUGAGAAUAGGAGAAGCCUGAGUGAGCUUGUUUUGGAGCCACUGCGAGAUGAGCAAUAUUAUGAGAUGAGGGAACCAUUCUCUGUUAUGUCUUUGGUGAAGAGCCCAAUGGGUCUGAUGGUUGGAUUCAUGGUGGUUGUGAUGUUUUUGAUGCCAAAAUUGGUAGAGAAUAUGGAUCCUGAAGAAAUUAGGAAAGCACAAGAGGAAAUGAGAAGCCAAGGAGUUCCCAGUCUUUCAAGCUUGUUACCUGGGGCACAAAGGAGUAACUAGUGAUUGUAUGAAGAACAUUGAAGCUUUGCACUGAUACAAAAGGGAAUUCUCUUGCUGCCAUUUUUAUGGAAAAGUUGAAAUGAUGUAAAACUUUAGUUGCAAUGAUUCAUCUCAGGCUGUAUGUUUCUAAUGACCACAAGUAGUUCAAUUGUUAAUCUUAAAAAUCCUUUGUCUCUUCUGUUAAAAUGUCACAUCUUUAAGUACCCCUUAUCAGGCUUUGAUGUGAAAUUGUUUUUCCCUACUUUGAAGUAGAUUAUAAAAAGAAGUUGAGUACCUGGUAGUUUAUGGGGUCUUUAGAACAACUUUGGGUUCAGUAUGAUGUGUCCCAGUGCCGAUUUAUUCUUAUUGUUG